UAGAUACACACCGUUCUUGCUAUAAUAAGACAGUGAUCUAACCAGGGCAAAAAGAGGAUCCACAGUGUAUCUGAUGUGGGGCUCUCAUAAGCGUUUCUACCUCUGGACAGGAUACAUCAUUAAGACAAGGCGAGCACAGGAUUUUAUAUUGGCUGGAUACUAUUAAUAUCACCAUGCCUGUGCCAUACACUCAUGUACCCAAGAAAGAGCAACAGGAGCUGUGUUCGGACAAAGAUGGAGUAUGUUUGAACCUGGGGAAGAAGAUCAGCGUUCCUCGAGAUCUGAUGAUGGAGGAGCUCAAUCUACGGGCCAAUAGAGGAUCUAUAAUGUUCCAUGAGAGACUCAAAAGAGUGGAGAGGUUCACCUUGGAGAAUAUAGCAAAGCGACACCUCAAUCACUUAGACGAAACACUUCAAGGCCAGAACCCCAUGCAAGGAGAGAAAGGAAGUAAUUGCUUCUCCUGUGAAAUCUACAUCGACCAGCCUGGAAAGAACAGCCUAGUCACCACACUAAAGCACGCAGUUUCUAAGAAAGGAAGCCCAAGUGUGCUUGCACCUGGUUAUGGUGGGCCUCUGAAGGAGGUUCCUCUGGAAAAAUUCAAUGUCACUGUGAUACCCAAGGCUUACCAAUCACCUUGGGAGGAAAAACCCAAUGACAAUGAGGCGCUGUUGGCUAACAUCAGUAUCCAUCUGCCUGAGCCACCUUACAAACUCACCCCAGCCAACUACAAAUGCUUCAACAGAGCUCCUACACCGUUUGGUGGCACAGCAGGCACUGUGAGAACUCUGUCACUGCCUGGCUUUGAGAUGCUGGAGGCUCACACAGAGCCACACCUGACCUGGGACAGGAUGUGCCAUCGGCCCAAUUUCAAUCGUACUCCACGAGGCUGGAGCAUCCAGUACGCUGCAGAAUCUCCCGAUCUGUGAAGCUGGCAUACACGACUAUUUUGUCAAACUACAACCGAAGACUCGAUUUCUGAGGGAUGCCUUAAACUGCUACUGUGAAUUGUGAUCUGAGCCAUUGUGAGCCACCAAUUACCAAUUUAAGGUUUACAUACUUUGUUCACGCAGUAUUUCAAAAUGUGAAGCUUCUUUAAUGUAACCACAAACUAGACAGCUGUACAUUCAAGAACAAAAAAAGUCUUAAAAACAAUUCAGGACAACACGCUUCAUACUUUACAGAAAAGGGGAAGAAAUGGACACUAGCUGUAAUAAGUACUGUAAUAUGAAUCUUGGAAUAUUCUAGAGGUGUAGGACAAUAAAGCCUCAUAAACAAA